AUGGCACUCACGUCGCCUCCCGUGCUCGACUUCUUCGACCCUCGCCGCCGCACAGUCCUUGAGACUGACGCCGCUCGCUCCGGCGGCCUGGGCUACUGCCUGCUGCAGCAAGACGCCGCAGGCCGGUGGCGACUGAUCCAGUGCGGCUCACGCUUCCUAUCGGACGCCGAGUCGCGGUACGCCGUGAUCGAGUUGGAGCUGCUGGCCCUGGCCUGGGCCUGCAAGAAAUGCAGCAUCUAUCUCGGCGGGAUGCAGCGGUUUGAAGUCCUGACCGAUCACCGGCCGCUCAUCCCGAUCCUCAACAGUAAGAGCCUUGCGGAGAUCGAAAAUCCGCGGCUCCAGCGGCUACGAGAACGGCUGGCGCCGUUCAACCUGCUCGCCAUCUGGCGGCAAGGCAAGCUGCACGCCAUCCCGGACGCGCUGUCGCGCGCGCCGGUGGAUGACCCGGCGCCUGAGGACGAGGAAGCCGAGAGGGACGCCAGCCAUCAGCUCGCCAGCGUGCUUUCACGGCUGGUCACCGACGGGGCGGACGACGGUCCCAGCCCGUUCAAAGACGCGGCGCUGACAGAGGUGCGCGCCGCCGCCGCCGCCCAUCCGGAGCUCAUCGCACUCACCGAUCUGAUCCUGAACGGGUUUCCAGAGCACCGGUCACAGCUGGACCCGCGCCUCCGACCGUACUGGGGAGUUCGGGACCGGCUGGCCGUGGACGACGGCCUGGUGGUGUGCGGCCAGCGGCUCGUGAUACCGCCCAGUCUGCGGCGCGCCACGCUCGAGCGCCUGCACGCCAGUCACCAGGGCGUCGAGCGCACCAAACGCCGCGCGCGGCAGGUAGUCUACUGGCCGUUCCUGGACAGUGACAUUGCGAACCAUGUCGGAGCGUGCCCGGCCUGCCAGCAGUACCUGCCCAGUCAUCAGAAGGAGCCGCUGAUGCCGGAAAAGACGCCAUCACGAGUGUUUGAGGCUGUCUCCGCUGACUACUUCGCCUGGGCCGGCCGCACGUUCCUGGUAUACGCGGACCGGCUGUCCGGGUGGCCGUUUGUGUCGCACGUGGCCGGCGAGGCGACUGCCAGAGACCUGGUCUGCAGCCUGCGCCAGAUAUUCGCGGCCACCGGCGUGCCCACCACCCUCCGGACAGACGGUGGACACCAGUUCACCGCCCGGCUCACCCGAGAGUUUCUGCGCCGCUGGGGAGUGGAGCACCAGAUCUCUACACCGCACUACCCUCAGUCUAAUGGGCACGCCGAGUCGGCGGUCAAGGCCGCCAAACGGCUCAUCCAGAAGGCGACCAGCAGCGGUGAGCUCGACACGGACGCCUACGCGCAGGGGCUGCUGGAGCUGCGCAACACGCCGCGCGCCGACGGCCGCUCUCCGGCUCAGGUCCUGUUCGGCCACCCGCUGAGAUCGGCAGUGCCGGCGCACCACCGGGCCUUCGCCGACUGCUGGCAGCGGGCGGCGGACGACUGUGACGCCAGGGCCGCCGCGCAGCAACAGGAAACAGCCGAGCGGUACGACACGACAGCCCGCCAGCACAGCGCGCUCACCAUGGGUCAGCGUGUGCUCGUCCAAGACCCGCGGUCGGGGCUGUGGGACCGCGUCGGCGUCAUCACGGCGGUCGGACAGCGGCGCGACUACCUGCCGGCACCACCGGUGCUGCGGAACAGCGCCGACGACCCCAGCUCAGUGCGCCGUGGGACGCGCCGCCGUCGCCGUCCGGCCCGACUGACCGUGCGCUGGGCGGACCAGACGUGCGACUGA